CACAAUCUGGAAGACAGGAAUCAACAUGUCUGCCAGCCUCACUACAGUCUCAGGCAGCAGCUCCUCUGGGUCCACCACUGGAGCCCCUCCCAGCACAGGUCUCAGUGUGGGUGCUGCUGACAUCGCUGUGGUUGUUGUCUACUUCAUCUUCGUCAUAUUGGUUGGAAUCUGGUCAUCAGUGCGAGCCAAUCGCAGCACUGUGAGGGGUUACUUCCUGGCUGGCCGUUCGAUGACCUGGUGGCCUAUUGGAGCCUCUCUGAUGUCCAGUAAUGUUGGCAGCGGUUUGUUUAUUGGUCUAGCAGGAACAGGAGCAGCAGGGGGAAUCGCUGUUGGUGGAUUUGAACUCAACGCAGCAUGGGUCCUGGUGGCUCUGGGUUGGAUCUUUAUCCCCGUCUACAUCUCUGCUGGUGUGGUGACCAUGCCUGAGUACCUGGCCAAGCGCUUUGGAGGCCAGAGGAUACGCAUAUACAUGUCUGUUCUGUCACUCAUCCUCUACAUCUUCACCAAAAUAUCUACAGAUAUAUUUUCGGGGGCCAUGUUUAUCCAGGUGUCGCUGGGCUGGGAUCUCUAUCUGUCCACAGGUGUACUGCUGCUGGUCACUGCUGCCUACACUGUGGCAGGUGGUUUGGCAGCAGUGAUCUACACUGAUGCUUUCCAGACUGUGAUCAUGGUUGGUGGAGCCUUUGCUCUAAUGUUCAUAGCAUUCUCCAAAGUGGGCUGGUAUGAGGGCCUCGUGGACAGUUACAUGUCAGCUGUUCCCUCUGUGACCGUUGCCAACACCACCUGCCACCUACCUCGCAGUGACGCCUUCCGCUUGUUCAGGGACCCCGUGUCAGGGGACCUGCCCUGGCCUGGUCUGGUGUUUGGGCUCACCGUGCUGGCUACGUGGGUCUGGUGCACGGAUCAGGUUAUAGUCCAGAGGUCUCUUUCGGCCAAGUCUUUGUCUCAUGCCAAAGGCGGCAGUGUGCUGGGAGGCUACCUCAAACUGCUUCCCAUGUUCUUCAUUGUCAUGCCUGGAAUGAUCAGCCGAUCACUGUUCCCAGAUGAGGUAGGUUGUGUGGAUCCAGCAGUGUGUCAGAGAGUGUGUGGAGCUUCAGUUGGCUGCUCCAACAUCGCCUACCCUAAACUGGUGGUGGAGCUAAUGCCUGUGGGUCUGCGUGGUCUGAUGCUAGCAGUGAUGCUAGCUGCUCUGAUGUCAUCUCUGACCUCCAUCUUUAACAGCAGCUCCACUGUGUUCACACUGGACCUCUACCACAGAGCCAGGCCCAGGGCCUCAGAGAUGGAGCUCAUGAUAGUUGGAAGGGUGUUCAUCCUGGUCCUGGUGUGUGUCAGCCUGUUGUGGAUUCCGGUCAUCCAAACAGCCAACAGUGGACAGCUCUUUGAUUAUAUCCAAUCAGUGACCAGCUUUCUAGCUCCGCCCAUUACCGCUGUAUUCCUAAUGGCUGUCUUCUGGCCUCGGGCCAACGAGCAGGGUGCAUUCUGGGGUCUGAUGGCUGGACUGGUGGUGGGACUGACCCGCAUGGUUCUGGAGUUCUCCUAUGAAACUCCCUCCUGCGGUCAGCCUGACGGUCGGCCUGCCGUCGUGGCUGAUGUUCACUACCUGUACUUUGCUCUCAUCCUAUUGGCUCUCACCUGCCUCAUCAUCGCUGCUGUCAGCUUGGCCACUGCCCCAAUACCUAAAGAACACCUGUACAGGCUGACCUGGUGGUCCAGACACAGCCAGGAGCCUCGGAUCGACCUGACAGAUCCCCCGUUGACCUCUGACCCGGUGAGCCCUGACCCCAGCCUUGACUCUGAGCGUUGUCCAGAAUCCUGUUGGCUGAGGGGAGCUCUGAGGCUCUGUGGUCUUACUGGUCCCAGUUCAGCCUCGGUGUCUCCAGCUGUUGAACCGAGCGAGCUGAACUGCCUGCAGGAGGAGCCGCUCUGGAGGAGAGUGUGCGACGUGAACGCCCUGCUGCUGCUAGCUGUCAACGUGUUUCUGUGGGGAUACUUCGCCUAAAAACUGGACGGUGGCUAAACCAAUCGGCUGCUGUGGUGGAUCUGUUUUAUAUUCAACAACAGACAGUGAAAUAAUAACGACGAUGGAAAACAGUUAACCACUGAUGAGGUGUAUGAUUGACUUCAACACCAAAUAAGGGAGCUGUGAGAGCUCUACCUCAGUGACAUUUACCAGAAGACUACAUUAAAUAUCACUUUAUCGGCAACAUAUGAGAAAAUGUAUGGAAAACAAAAAUAUUUCCCAUGCAACUUACAAGCAAGAACUCUAAUCACUUCCAAGACUCAUAACAUGUUUUCUGUCAAAAAAAGAAUCCUGCUUUGAACGGUAUUUGUCCACUCUAACCGUUACAAACCAACAUUGUACACAUCUGUGGCUCUCUGCCACACACACUAGUUUAACAGCACACACCUCUCCUCUGUCUGCCUACCUGCAUACCAUUCAACUACACAUGUAGCUAAAUAAACCAUGCUUCAAUCAUUUGACCCAUGGCAAAUACAAUAUGCAAAGACUAAAUUAGAAUUAAAUGAAAUGACAUUCCCAAAUUUCCAUAACUACCACACAGCAGUACUGAAGGGAUGUUAUGACAUUAGAUUAUGAUAUUGAUUAUGAUGAGCUUUUAUAUACUUGUUAUAAGUUUGUGUACCUGAAAGCAUGUAUGUGAGAGUGUGUGUAUGCAGGCCCGACAAGAACAUCUGGUAUCAUUUAUAAAGACAUAGCUAUGCCUUGUUAGUGUAUUUUACAUAAACCUUACUAGAGAAGAGUUCUAUAUUCCCGGUUAUUCUUCACGAUGAAUAAACAGCAAUUAAGAAUUGACUUGUGACUUAAAAGAAGAAGUUUGAUUCCUGAGCUAGACAGCCUUCUGUGUGGAGUUUACAUGCUUUCCUGUGUCAGCGUGGGUUCUCUCCGGGUUCUCUGGUUUCCUCCCACAGUCCAAAGACAUGCAGCUUAGGUUAAUUAAAGACUCUAAAUUGCUGGUUGUCUGUCUAUAUAUGUCAGCCCUGUGAUAGUCUGGAGACCUGUCCAGGUGAACCCUGCCUUCUCCCAAUGACAGCUGGGAUCAGCUCCAGUUUGCUGAACAGGAUAAGCGGUUUAUGAUAAUGGUGGAUGGAUUAGUUAAAUGAAUCUCCCUUUAAAGUGCUGUUCACUAACUACAAGCCCCGGCCCGUGUGCAAAUGCACCUCUAACACCACCUGACUCUCAGCCAGUGAACAACUACGAUUACUUUUCAGGUGACUUUUCAUUGUACUGGAUGCCCCUUAAAAUGUUCCAAAGUACAACACUUGAGAUAGAAAGUAAAAGUAAAAUGCCCCAUUAAAAAACAACAACUUUGUUAAAGUACCCAAGAAAGAAGACAGCUGAUGUGUUUCAGAUUGUAACUGUAAAUAUAAGGUGAUUGAAAUGAAAUACCUGUUCUUCGUCCUUGAGGACAAUCUGUCUUUAAACAUCAUAUUGAGUGCCUUAAAACAAACUCAGGGUGACGUUAAGUUUAUAUCAUAGAAACAAAUUCAGUUAUACUUUUGCUGCAGAAAAAGAAAUAAUUCAAGCGGAAGCUUUUAUUAGCAAUUGAUUAGGGUGACAUUUUAUAAAAGCAUGCAAGCUCAUCUCCUUUUAAAAUGUUCAUACGGCGUUAGGGAUUUUGUCUCUAAUUUGGGUUUCUUCAUACAUCAUUGCAGUUUGUAAGAGAACGUUGUCCUCAUACAGCAGUAGAACUGAACACUGGUCCAGUUUUCUGUAGAAGGCGACAUUAAACAAACUGCCUCCUUAUCAUGUUCUCUACCGACUCCUAUAAAGGUCAGGAGUUGCAACCUUCAGUCAUUCUGACUAAUUAUGUUCAUCAUUCCCAGAACCAGGGACCUUUUUGGUUAAAGGGCUUUUUAAGAUUUUGCAUUCUCAUCAUUCUCAUUUCAACUAGAUUAUUUUGUAAACAUGAAGAUUAUGAAAACAGGAUUAAGGACUAUUUGACCACUGAAUGCAAACGUCCUGUAACUGAACACUGUUAAAUCACUGUUUGAUGGGAUUCACAGAUUGUUUGUAGUCUGUUAAUUGUAUGUUUAUGUGAAAUUCAACCGUUUCAAUUAGUCUGUAUAUGUUGACAGAUUAUCUAUGGUAUAUGUGACAAUUCAUGAGCAUACAUGCAUAUUCUCAGAAUGAUUUAGUUGAACUUGAACCAGUAGUUCAAAAUAAUCUGUUAAACAUCUAUAAAGCCAAACAGUUGAAUUGUUGUCAUUUUUGAAACAUUACAAAUAUUCUAAAAGCUUUUUUGAAG